GCUAGUUUUACUUCUAUGAGCGAUACACAUGGAAAGACAAGUCUAAGAUUAAUUUAAUUAAGUUAAUUGAUUUUAAACAUCAUCCUUUUCCUGAUUAAUUCAGGAAAGAGUUUCUAGUAGAACACUGCAAUUUGAAGAAAGAAAGAAAAAAUAAUAUAUAGUUUGUUUACUGAUUGAAUUGUCAUUAUAAGCUUAUCAAUAUCACGAUUUUUUUACAGUAACUUUCGGAAUGAGAUCAAAUUUAUCUAAUAGAGAGUUCACAUCGAUAUCUAUAAUUUCCAACGGCACGAAUCGGCCGAAACGUCAAGCAGUAUGGAGGGUAAAUAUUUCUUUUUUGCAGAAAGUCUAACUAUACCUUAUCAUUUAUAUUUGGCAAUAUUACACUUUCAAAAAUAAAAUAUAACUGAAAAUUUAUUCUUAUUUUUAAAUUUUAGUAUUGGAAUCGACUUUCAAGUUUACAGAGGAGUAUUGUACUCGUAAUGCUUAUACUGGGUCUUAUAUCAGCUAUCUAUCUCAUUCCUACAAUAAAAAAGGAAUAUUUUAGUUUAGAAGAGAGUCAAAUCCAAAACGUAAAAGACAAUAUAAAUAAUAAAGAAAACGAAAUAUCUGUAAAAGAGAAAGAACCAAAAAAAUUUAAAAAAAGUGUUGCAAAUCGGCCAGAAGAAGUAAAGACAGUUAAGGAAAAAUUACCUGAACGAAACGCUGGGGAGAAUGUACGUAUUGCUCCUCCUAUUUUACAAAAGAGACGAGGAAGGGGCUUAAGUGAUGAGAAAGAGCAAGAAUUAAUUAAAAAAGGGCCGCAAAAUGAAAAACAACGAGCAGUAGUAAAUGCUUUCAAAUAUUCUUGGAAAGCUUAUAAAACUUUUGCUUGGGGUCAUGACGAACUUCGUCCUUUGACUAAAUCGUCUAGUGAAUGGUUUGGUGUUGGCUUAACUUUAAUCGAUUCUCUUGAUACUAUGUAUAUAAUGGGAUUGCAUGACGAAUUUAACGAAGCCAAGAAUUGGGUUGCAAAGGAAUUAACUUUCGACAAGAACAGAGAUGUCAACUUUUUUGAGGCCACAAUAAGAAUCUUAGGCGGACUUCUUAGUGCAUAUCACUUAUCAAAGGAACAUGUAUUUUUAGAGAAAGCUACAGACAUUGGGGAUAGACUACUGGGAGCUUUUUCAUCUGGUAGUGCCAUACCAUACUCUGAUGUAAAUCUUAAGACUCGCAUAGGUCAUGCACCUCGCUGGGGUCCAGAUAGUAGUGUAUCAGAAGUAACAACUGUACAGUUAGAAAUGAAAGAUCUGAGUAAACUUACUGGUGAUAAUAAAUAUGCAACUGCCGUAGAGAAAAUUAGCAAUCACAUCUUACAACUUGGUAAGAAAGAUGGUCUGGUUCCGAUGUUUAUAAAUGCAAGAACUGGUCAAUUUCGGUCAAUGUCAACUAUUACUCUUGGAGCCAGAGCUGAUAGUUAUUAUGAAUAUCUUUUUAAACAAUGGUUGCAAAGCAACCGAAAGAAUGAAGUUAUGAAAAAUGAAUAUUUACAAGCUGUUGAAGGAAUGAAAAAACAUUUAAUGCGAGAAACAGUUCCAAAUAGAUAUUUGUAUUUUGGCGAAUUACUGGGAAGCCGAACUUUUAGUCCUAAAAUGGAUCACCUCGUCUGCUUUCUAGCAGGUACAUUCGCUUUAGCUGCUCACAAUAAUAUUGGAAAAGAUCAUUUAGAUCUUGGUAAGAGAUUAGGAGAAACUUGCUACAAAAUGUACGAGACAAUGCCGACACAUUUAAGCCCUGAAAUUGCUUACUUUAACCAAGUUGAGGGUGCCACUGAAGAUAUAAUUGUAAAACCAGCUGAUACGCACAAUUUACAAAGACCCGAAACAGUUGAAAGUUUAAUGUACUUAUACCGAAUUACUGGAGAUGCAAAAUAUAGAGAGUGGGGAUGGAAGAUCUUUGAGGCCUUUGAAAAAUAUACUAAAGUCGAAAAUGGCUACAGUUCAAUCGACAAUGUAAAAAAUCCAUCAAAUGUGGGAUAUCGAAAUAAAAUGGAGUCAUUCUGGACGGGUGAAACUCUCAAAUAUCUUUACUUGCUGUUCAGUGAUGAUGUCGAACUAAUGAGUAUUGAUAAAUGGGUAUUUAACUCUGAAGCUCAUCCUCUACCCAUAUGGAAUGACUAG